GAUUGUCGCAAUGUUUGGUUCUACGUCUGAAGGUCGUGCCUGUGGCGGCUUGUAAAGGGUCGCGGAAACUUGUUUCACAACCCUGACAGAUACUUUGCCAUUCCUCCCACGUCCAGCCAUUUCAUUAUUCUGCUCGCUUCUUUCCGUUUAUUCCUAAUUAAUGACACUAAUUCUGCUGAAAAAUUAUCCUCACAUCAUUCGCCAGAUUCCAGAUCCAGAUUUGUGUAGUAAGGACAGAAGACCUACGGCCUACGCUAUUCCUUUUUUAGUAUGCUUCUUUUUUAGAUAAACAUAUUGGCCAGUGUAUUUUCUCUAAUUCAAAUGAUAACCAGUAAACAAUAUGAACUUCACUAGCAGUUGCUGUAUGAUCAGAAAAUAAACUAUUAAAUUCAAUAAACUGUUAUUCAAUUUUCAUGAGCACUUGGCAACGUUGGGUGUUCUUAUUCACCUUAUCGGCUCUUCUGGCGUCAUUUCUCGCAAAUACAAUAUUUUUCUGUCUUUUUAAUUUAUACAACCAAGAAAUUUACGUCAGAAAUAGCAUUAAGAAGGUGUCUGUUCAUGUUGAGAACGUUCUUCCUGAAAACCAAUGGUUAGACUUUUUGUAUAAGAAGACUCAUGUAAAGUUCUCACAUGAUAUAAGUAUUAAAGAGGCGUGCCGUAUGGAUAACUGCUUCGAUUACACACUGUGUCAAUCGGAAUUUAAGGUUUACGUAUAUCCUCUCUCGUCAAAACAAGCCAAUCUAUCUUUAACCUAUCAAAAAAUCCUCACCGCUUUGCAUAAUUCAAAACUUCUCACAUCAGACCCAUAUGAAGCUUGUAUAUUUAUUCCUAGCUUGGAUACUCUAGAUCGAGAUCGUUUAAGCCCACAUUUCGGUCAGUAUAUAGCUCAUGAACUCGUUAAUUUACCAUUUUGGAAUUCGUUGCCUAGACGAGAUCUUGAUCCUGAUUCACUCUCAACCACUACUCAAAAGCCAUCAGAAUAUGCUGGUCGUAAUCACUUAAUAUUUAAUUUACAUGCAGGCACUUGGCCAUAUUAUCACGAAGAUGAAUAUCGUUUAUGGCUUGGCCAAGCCAUGCUAGCUAAAGCCAGCUUUUCGACUAAAUAUUUUCGUCCAAAAUUUGAUAUUUCUUUACCACUUAUUCACUCUCAACAUCCUUUACAAUCGGGGUCAAGUCAGUUGGAUCAAUUAGUGAGCAGUGAACAUUUACGUGGUCGACUUGAUCUACCAUAUCUUUUAAGUUUUAAGGGUAAACGUUAUGUCAGUGGGAUUGGAUCAGCAUCACGUGAUAUACUUUCUCAUUUACACAACGGAAAAGAUAUAAUUAUGUUAACUACUUGUCGUCAUGGCACAGACUGGACACGAUAUGCUGAUAAACGUUGUGCUACAGAUAUGGCUUUAUAUGAUGCAUAUGAUUACUGGGAAUUAAUGUAUAAUUCCACGUUUUGUCUUGUUCCUCGUGGUCGACGAUUAGGUUCAUAUCGGUUCUUAGAAGUUUUGCAGGCUGGUUGUAUCCCAGUUAUGUUGAGCAAUGAUUUGGAACUUCCGUUUUCUGAAGUGAUUGAUUGGAAUCGAGCAGUUAUUUGGGCUGACGAACGAUUACCUUUAUUGCUUCCAUUAAAUCUACGACGUAUUACAUCGCAUCAGAUAAUUCAAUAUCGACAACAAGUAAUGUUUCUUUGGCAUACGUAUUUAUCUUCAAUCGAAUCAAUUGUUCUUACAACACUUGAGAUUAUACGAGAUAGAGUUUCGCUUCGUCGUCGGAGUUACGAAAUUUGGAAUACAUUACCUGGUGGUCUCAUAGUUUCGCAUGUAGAUUCUAUGGACAGUUGUGAUGUAGCAGUUCAACGAUAUCCUAUGCAUUGUCAAUCCGAAAUCAAGUCAGGUUUCACAAUGUUAAUUCCAAUACGUGCAGAACUUUGUGCUGUUUAUUUGGAACGGUUAAAAUCUCUCGGUAAAAUUCUGUUCCAUUCCGAGUUCUUACGAAAGCAGUUACCCACCAAAGACAAUGGAAGAUGGUCGCGCACUAUCGUGGAUUGGUUGAAGUUAUACACUGCUAAGGAGUCCCGUACUAGGAUGAAACAGCCAUCCAGUGCUUCCGGGUUUUCAAUGAUGGUUUAACAUUGAUCAGUCGUGUGUGUGCUACUUAUAUUGACAUAAUCAUUAUAUGGUGUUAGUCGUGAACAGAAGG